ACUAGGUUACUUCGUCACGCAGAGUUGCGAAGUCACUGAAGUGAAUUAGCUCUGAGGUGAUUGAAUUAGACGGUGUGCUUGAUACUUCCUAAUAGCCUUAUCGGCGGCAUUAAUUUGUAGUUGUCUGGCUUAAUCAGUCCAGAAUGGCAAACGCUGAAAUUGAUGCGAAGAAAAUCAAGCAUCUUUAUCGUUCUCUUGAUUCGACUCUAUCUGUUCUACGAAAAGAGGAGUUUGCUACUCUCCAAGAAGUGAAAGAUUUGUUGUCAACGUUCGAUACCUGUUAUCAGAGAAGCAAAAAGACAGAUUCGUAUCAAAACAAGACUUUUAUCGUACUCGAAGGUCUGGAUGGAUCAGGUAAAACGACGAUAGCGAAGAAACUUGCGACAGCCCUUAAUGGAGUGAGGCGUAAAACACCACCUACAGUAUUGCAGACACUGAGGGCUAAAUUUGAUACACAUCCACCCAUUCUCCGAAGAGCGUAUUAUUCCCUAGGAAACUAUGUAGCAGCAAAAGAGAUUGAAGAGACACUAAAAUACAGUUCAGUGAUUCUAGACAGGUUCUAUCAUAGUACAGCGGUUUUUACAAUUGCAACAGACAUGUACGAAGCUGGAUUAGGUAAGGAUGGGCUACCUCCACAUGGAGAUCCAGUAUAUCAAUGGCCACAAGAUCUCAAACCCAUCCCUGAUGUGAUUUUUUAUUUGGAUGUGAAGGAACAUGUACGCUCACAAAGACUUUCUAAGAGGAUACAAAUUACGGCUGAGGAAGAGCAAAUGGCAUCAAGUACAGAGUUCAGAGCUUUGUUGAAGGAGACAUAUUUAAGAAUGGCAGAACCCGCUGUGACCGUUAUUAAUUCUAAUCAACCUGUAAAACUGGUUGUAAGUGACAUUCUAGAUUUCAUGAAGGCCAAAAUGAUGAUAUAGCACAUAUUUCUGAUGACAUUUAUUUGAAUAUCCAGUAUAAAACAGAGGUAAAAUUCAGUCACGAAAGGAGCAGAAUAAGAUAUUCAACAGGAUUCUAGUUUUUUAAAAAAAAUAUUGUUGAGUUUCACAAGGUAAUACAGUGUGACAAAGGUGGUAAAAAAAGGGAAGGAAAAUUUAGAAAUAUUGGAUGAAGAGGUAUACAUAGUGUGCUCAUGAGAAUAAAUUGCUUUCAGACUUCUGACGUGUAAACCCAGUACACAGAAAAACAUAAUAAUUUGUGUGUAGUAUUCAUUGAAUUGUUACUUUUACCCGUAAAUUAUUUAUUAAUUCUGAAUUGUAAUUAACUUGAUACCUGUUAUCCAGUUGUUAAAAAAAAAGAACAAUUAUGGAAAACAUUUGAACAUAACACACUCAGCAGCACAUUAUUUUCUUCCUCUCUCUCUCUCUCUGUCUGCUCUGCUCAAUUGUGUCAUUCAACAUGUAGUAUUUGCUUUCAGGUGGGUCAGAUAUUCAUUUCAGCUAUAAAAAUGUUUUAUGAAAGAUGAUACAUGUCCACUUUUUAAGUGUCUCAGGCAAAAAUAAGACAUUUACAAUUUUUAACUCACAAUAAAUGCAUUAAAAACUGG